UUUUGUUUUGGUCGUCGCAAGAUGAGGUCGACUAUAUCGCAUCUGGCUUUAUUAUUCUGAUUGCAAUUUUAUUAAUGGACCAAUGCCCGUGUGAACGGAUCCACGGCCAUCUUCGAAUCACUUCGUAUUACAAUCCACUUGCUAAUUUGCCCAAUGUGCCCAUCAAUAAAAUUGGCAUGUUGGAGUCGAAAUUGAUUUACAUCCUCGCGAAAUUCCUUAACCUCACAUACGAAAUUUCCGUUCCCACGGACGUUCAUCAGUUGGGCUCACAUGACGAAACGAAAGGCAACAGUUCGUGGACUGGAUUGCUGGGCCAAUUUCUUCGCGAUGUGCGAAAUUCUUUUUUUUUUUCCUCGUCACUAACUAACGAUUUCUUCUUAUUCUUCAAGGAAGUGGAUAUGUCAAUUUCAUUUGGUCCUUGGUUUCACUCGAGGCAUUUGGUUUCGUGAUUUCCAUUCAAUUCUGAAUCAAAAUCAUGUAUUGACAAAACGAAU